CAUUCAUAUGGUAAAAAAGGAAGAGGAGAAAGCAAAGUGGUGAAGGAGAUGGAGAGAGGGAGCCAACACGGCGAGUAUGAUGGAAGAGUUAUGACGGAGGAGCAAAUGGAGAUUCUCCGUAAGCAGAUCGCCGUUUACACCGUUAUUUGUGACCAGCUCGCCCUCCUCCACAAUUCUCUCUCAUCAGGAACGAAUCCAUUUGGCGGUGGAUACUUUGAUCCAAUGGUGGCGUCAACAAGCGCUCAAAGGAUAUCGACUCGGCAUCGAUGGACUCCGACAUCAACGCAGCUUCAAAUACUUGAGAGCAUUUACGAAGAAAGAAGCGGAACACCGAAUCGACGGAGGAUUAGAGAGAUCGCUACGGAACUGUCUGAACACGGACAGAUCACAGAGACGAAUGUUUACAAUUGGUUUCAGAAUCGGCGGGCUCGGUCCAAACGAAAGCAUCCUCAGACGACGACAACGACUGGUCUGGCCGAACAUGCGGCGGUGACGACGGAGGAGAGGAGGACUUGUGGAGAUUCUGGAGGAUUUGAGUCUUAUGAGCAUAUACUCUUCCCGAGUCCGGAUUUAGGGAUUGAGCAUUUGUUAGAGGGGAAAUUUCUGGAGAGUUAAAUUCGUAUAGUCUGACAUACAAAAAUUGAAUAUCUUUUCUUCCCUCUGUUUCCAUAAAACUAAGCAAUAUUUUAUUGAAAAUGACACUAUUAUGUAUGUGUUCCCUC